UUGAAAGGUUCUUCGCGGUCCCGAACGGACGGACCCCGACAGAGUGGAUGUGAUCGUUCGCUCCCGAUUUAUAAAGGCAGUCUAGGAAACUCUGCUUUGUAGGCUUCCAGCUUGCCUUUGGACAAAUGUCCACGGAGGCCUUGAUGCAGAGAGUGAGAGAGCUGGAGGCAGAAGUGGGCAGAUUACGGGCCAUGAUGAGGGCAGAGCGGAAGAGAGCCAGAGAGGCGGGGCAUAAAGAAGAGGAAGCCAUGGAGAAGAAAAGUAAGAGAGGGGAGGAGCCGGGGGACUCGCCACUGCUGAAGACCCCUGAAGACCACUCAGAGCAUCGUGAAGGAACGGUGAAGGAGGAAGGCCAUCGAGGAGCGCAGGACACGGAGGAGAUGAGAGAUGGCAAGUGUAAGAAGAGCACUAAAAAGGUCCCCCGGGAGUUUGAUUUUGAGGCUCACCCUCGACGCCACGUGGCACUGCGACUGGCAUACUGGGGCUGGAAUUACCAGGGCUUUGCUUGCCAGGAAAACACCGAGAAUACUGUGGAGGCAAAACUGUUUGAAGCCCUUGUGAAGACCCGGCUGAUCAAAGAGCGCCAGAGCUCCAACUACCACCGCUGCGGGCGGACGGACAAGGGCGUCAGUGCCUUCUCACAGGUGAUUUCCAUCGACCUGCGUUCCACUCAGUCUUCUGGUGUAGGAGUAAUGCCACCCAACAAGGAGAGCAGCACAAGUGGCAAGAGUGUACCAGAGAUGCCUUAUGCCAAGAUGUUGAACCGGGUGCUUCCUGAAGAUAUCCGGGUUCUGGGCUGGGCACCGGUGCCAGCAGAUUUCAGUGCCCGAUUCGACUGUCAGUCGCGGACCUACAGAUACUACUUUCCAAGAGGCAACCUGGACGUAGAGCUGAUGGCAGCGGCAGCUAAACGCUUUGAAGGUACGCGGGACUUCAGAAAUGUUUGCAAAAUGGAUGUGGGCAACGGAGUGCUGAAGUUUGAGAGGACCAUCCUGUGUGCGGAGAUCAGGCCCAUUGGGCAGCCCCCUGGUCACGGAGGACCACCCUAUGAGCUCUUUGUGUUUGAGGUCACUGGGCUGGCAUUCCUCUAUCACCAGGUUCGCUGUAUGAUGGCCAUCUUGCUCCUAAUUGGUCAAAAAUUAGAAGAUGUGGAAAUCAUUGAUCAGCUGCUGGAUGUGGACAGUAACCCCAGGAAGCCCCAGUACAGCAUGGCUGUGGACUUCCCCCUGGUCCUUUACCGCUGCUCAUUUGCAGGGCUCUCUUGGCAGGACGAGGACUCUGAGCUCUCCCAGUCCGUCCUCUCCAGAUUCCAGCAGCAGUGGGUAGAGCUGGCUGUCAAGGCUGAGAUCGUUCGAGACGUCAUCCGCGGGUCACCAUCUGCAGGUGCCUCUUUCACGCAUUGCCCUCUUGUUGAGGGAACCAGAGCUCGUCACUACUGUCCCCUGCUGCAGAGGCCCCUCUGUGAAAGUCUAGAAUCCCGAAUCGAUCACUUUGUAAGAAGAGGGAGGCUUGAGAAAGACGAGGAGUCGGGGGAUUUGUGUCCGCAGUACAGACAGAGCAGAAACAAGAACCCAAAAAAGUGAACGGAAUAGUGGGAUGCGUUUGGGACGCCUUUCUAAGUGAGGGGCUACGACAACCCUGAGAGCCACCUUGUCGGGAUCUGAGCGUCUGGGAUGGCGUCGGGCCCGGUGACAUCGGAGGAAACCUUUCCAGUCAUUUUGUAUUCGUUUAUCACCACCUUGCAGAGCUUGAUGCACCAUUGGUGACUUUUGAUUUCUUUCAUUUUCAUUGUCUGUGCCUUUCUCCACUCUGAGACACGAUGUCUUCAGUUCUCUCUGCCAAAGCCUGCGAAUCCUCACCCGUACGGACUGCAGAGGACUCUGUUAUUUUGGAGAUGGCAUCGCUUUUGCUUUUUCUUUUUUUUAAGUAUUUUCUUAUGCAGAGUUAAAGGCUGAUUACGGGAAGCUGAAGAUUGUUCCAGUAAUCAUGCGAGUUGUACACCUUUAAACUGUGGUGUCUGUUUUUAAAUUCUGAGCCCAAUGCCGCCCUGGAGCUGGCAGUACCAGGACAAUUGGCACAGACCCUGCUACUAUCUCUUAAAUCCCCUCGAUUCUUGUAAAGGAUAAAAGAGCAACCAGUGAAUAAAAAUAUCAAUUGUGUA